UUCCUGUUUCCUGUGUGUUUCUGACCUGUUUCCUGUUUCCUGUGUGUUUCUGACCUGUUUCCUUUUUCCUGUUUCCUGUGUGCAGGUUCGGGACUAAGGAGGAGUACAUGUUGUUUAUGAAUGACUUCGUGGAGCGGCAGUGGACCAGCAUGCAGCGGUUCCUGCAGGAGAUCUCCAGCCCCGACGGGCUCAACCACACCGCCGGCUUCGACGGGUACAUCGACCUCGGCCGGGAGCUGUCCACCCUGCACACGCUGCUCUCUGAGGUAGACCAGUCCUGCCUGUCAAAGCUCGGUCCUCUUCCUCGGAUCCUGCGAGACGUGUCAGCGGCUCUGGCUAACCCGGGGGGCGUGUCUAACCCGGGGGGCGUAGCUUACCCAGGGGGGGUCUCUGUGUCCUCUCCAGAGCCUCAGCGGAUGGUGUCCCCACCCCCCCUGUCCCCGCCCCCCCUGUCUCCGCCCCUAUCUCCUCCUCUGGCAGCGUGUAAUCCUUCCCUUGGCCUGCAGGGCGGCGUCGGACUGGACGGAGGUUUGGUAGAUUUCACCAGACUUCCGUCUCCGACUCCAGAGAACAAAGAUUUGUUCUUCGUCACUAAAGGAUCCAGUUUGCAGCCGGCCUCAGGUAACCUCCGACCUCUGACCUCUGUCCUCUGUCCUCUGUCCUCUGACCUCUGACCUCUGUCCUCUGUC